AUGGGUAAAGAGAAGAAGAAAGACAGUAAAAAAGGAGAUAAAUCUUUGCCUCCGCCUGCACGUGAUCCUUCUUUUGAUGUGGCGAGUUCCCUCCAGAAUGUUCUGCCAGCUGCAAAUCAAGUGGACGAACAGUUGGCAGCCCAUCUGGUUUCUAAGGAAGAAGUAAAAGAAACAGAGGCACCUCCAGCCACAGAACCUCGUGUGUAUGGAGAGCCUGUUCUCAUGAAACUCGUUGUUGAAAGCUAUGAAGGAGAAAAGGUCCAUGGUUUAUAUGACGGAGAAGGAACAGCACAUUUUCAAGGAGGCAAUGUAUACAGGGGCAUGUUUUAUGAUGGCAUGAUGCACGGCCGAGGAACGUACACCUGGGCCGACGGAGUGCAGUACGAGGGAAACUUUGUCAAGAACCUGCAGAUGGAUCAUGGCAGUUACACUUGGCCUGACGGCAGCGUCUAUGAAGGCGAAGUGAAGAACGGGAUCAGGCACGGCUUUGGCGUUUACAAGUGUGGCACCCAUCCUGUUUCGUAUGUCGGCCAGUGGGUGGAAGGCAAAAGGCACGGCAAGGGCAGGAUUUACUACAACAGGGAAGGUUCCUGCUGGUAUGAAGGCGACUUUGUGAACAACGUAAAAAAUGGAUGGGGAAUAAGACGUUAUAAAUCUGGAAAUAUGUAUGAAGGCCAGUGGGAGAGAGACAUGCGGCACGGAGAAGGGCGGAUGAGAUGGCUGACCACUAAUCAGGAAUAUACUGGGAAGUGGGUUAACGGCAUACAGCACGGCUACGGUACUCACACCUGGUAUCUGAAGAGAAUACCUGGGUCGCAGUAUCCCCUAAGGAACGAAUACGUGGGAGACUUUGUCUACGGGGAUCGCCACGGAAGGGGGAAGUUCUUCUUUGCCAAUGGAGCGUCGUAUGAAGGGGAGUGGGUUUAUAAUAAAAAGCAUGGCAUGGGUAAACUUGUAUUCAAGAAUGGACGUGUGUACAAAGGUGAAUUCAUAGAUGACCGCAUAGCAGAAUAUCCAUCUUUUCAAGUUGAUGUCAUGAAUAUGCAAGAUCUAAGCGGCAUUCACACGAAGAGCCUUUUUGGCAAUGAGAGCAUCAAAGUUGUUGACGGCACAGAAGGCUCAUCUGUUUUGGGACCAAACAUUGAAAUAGAUAUAGCAACUUUGUUGGUUUUACUUCCAGAAAAAGACAAGGAAGAAGAAAUCAAACAGAUAGAGUUUGCCGUGCUGAGACAUAUCUCAGAACUGAAGAGAAUUUACACCUUUUACAGCAGCUUAGGAUUCGACCAUUCUGUUGACAACGCUUUCCUGUUGACAAAGCUUCAGUUCUGGAGGUUCUUAAAAGACUGCAGAUUCCACCAUUGCAACCUUACGCUUGCCGAUAUGGAUAGGAUCCUGAACGAUAAAUCAUCACCUGAAGAGAUUCAUUGUCCGUUUGAGACGUUGCUACUUCGAACGUUUUUGACAUACCUUAUUUAUUUGUCAUUCCAUAUCUAUCAGAAGGAUUUUGAUAAUACAAGUCCCCGCCUGUUCAAGUGCUUCUCCAAACUGAUGGCGGUGAACAUCAGUCCGAACGCCUGUCAAAUCAAAGGCACCAUGUUUAGCGACCGGCAACAAACCGUCUACGCGGUCAACUACAUCGAGAAAUGUUGGUCGAUAUUCAAAGCUUUCUGUAGACCUAAUCCUGCCCCUCCUCAUGAACCUACUAUGAAGAUGAGGCACUUCAUCUGGAUGCUGAAAGAUUUACGCCUCAUUAGCAAACAACUGACGGCUACCAAAAUUGUGAACAUUUUGGCAAAAGAUAGCCCACGCGUCCGUGACGGGGAGGACACAAACUUAGAGUACGAGCUUGUAUUCCUUGAAUUUUUCGAAGCUCUUUUGGACAGCGCCCUUCUAUACGUCACUGACGAGAUGUUGAAACAGCAAGCAGAAGAGGCCAGUCGGUCGGAAAGCUCCUACACAGACAGGACUGGGGCUUCUCCUCUGCUUCAGGAAAUGUCCCCUGGUCAGUCCAUUCAAACCAGAAGCAGUAGUGGUGAAGGAAGCAAUGAAACCCCCGAUGUCGGCACUAUCCACGUUAGCGGCAAGACCUCUGCAAGCAAGAUCGUCCAUUUUGUUGAUGUUAGUAAGACAAAGAAGUCUGAGAAGGGAAAAGUGAAAGAUGGGAAAAAAGAGGACAAAGCCUCUCGACACGGUGCCAAAUCCCCCAAUAAAGAGAAACCCUCCUCUCCUCAGCCCGCAGCUCCGAAUGUCACCGUCAUCGACACGGCGGAGGACAAAGCGAAAGCGUUUGCUCAGAUCCGGCCAAGCUCAGAAAGGGAGCAAGAGGCCUUCCUCAGUGCUCCCUUGAAAGAAUUAGCAGAUAAGCUCCAAAAAGCCAAAAACGACCAGAAGAAUGCACCGAGUUUGUGGAUGACCCAGAUAUAUAUAUUCUUUGUCAGCAAAUUCUUUAACAACUACAAGCACUUGCAAGUCGUGCAGGAGACCAUCUUAGACAAUAGGGCCCGAGAAGCUGAGCUACUUGUGCUGAAGAAGAUCCAGGAGGAGGAGGAAGAAGCAAAGCUUAAUGCUAUGAGGGAGGCGGAAGAAGCCAGAAAGUCAGAAGAAGCUGCAGCAGAAAAAGCAGCUUUAGAGCUUGAAGAAAGUUUGAGUAAAGAGCUGGAGGAGGGUUCUGUACAGCUCGUGUCUCCGCCGAAAGAGGAAUCUCCUGUUUUGCCACAGGUCCCGCCAAGCAGCAAGACGACUGCAGCAGCAGCGAAGAAGAAGAAAAAGUCCUAA